UUCACGUGAACCGGUUGACACUUGUUUUAUAUAUUUUUGUAAAUUGUGCAUACAUCGUCUAAAAAUUUGGUACUGUUUUUUUUUAAUUUUAAAUAUUAAAUUAGUGUUACGUGAUUUGAUUUUAUUGAUAAAAAAUAUUCAAAAUGCCGUCAAGAAAGCCAAGACAAAAAAUUAGUCGCGAUGCAUCAAUCAUUGAUUGGGUACAAAAUAAAGAUGGAACUCAUUCUCUGAUUACAUUGAAAAAAAAUAACACACCGAACAUUAAUAGCACCGUUAGCAGCUGGGCAAAGUUGUUUAAACAAAAACUAAGCAAAAAUGAAGAGAAUUCGGAUAAAGAAAAUGAAUAUAUUUCAUUGCAUUUUGAAGAGAUGAAUUUUUAUGAUGAAGCUCCUGUAUUAGAUAGACUCACCGAAUCACCAGUCCAUCCAGACAUUUUUCGUAAAAUUGAAAUGAUGACAAAGCAACUUGAUUUAGCACCGUUACCGCUAUACCCUAUACCAAAAGAAAUUUGGAAUGCUGUGGAAAGUGGAAAGCGAUUACCGUUUGAUUUCCCGACCGAAAAUUUUGCGUACCGAAAAUCGGCCGAUACCUACUUAAAUAUCUCAAAUACAAUGGUAUACUUGGAAGAAGCAACACAAACGCGUAUUGUAGAAACUUUUGACACAGUGGACAUUGAGGUUUUCUACACCGGUGACAAUCACAUAUUUUACUUUAUGAACGAAAGACGAAUGGCAGAGAUCAGUGCUGCAAUUGAUGAAAAUAUGUUGGAUCAAUUUUAUCUGACACUUCAUGAAAAGACAAAAUCGCCAGUGGAAAUUGCACCUCGUUGUUACGAAGGCCAUAUAAAAAGCAACAACAAGGAAAAGAUUUUCAUUGAAAUAAAUGAAACAUUUAUUGAAGAGUUCAAAUCUUUAUUUACAAAAAAUUCUUUUGACAUUCAUUUUGUUUUGAAUCGAACUCCCUUUCAACUGCAGCAUCUUGCAUUAGAUAUUCUACAUGAUCACAGUUUAUUUGAAGUUUUGAUAAAUAAUGCCAAAUAUGACAGUGAUGAAAAUGAACUUUCCAUUGCCGAUCGACAAAUUUUUUUGGACAAGUCAAAUUUUAAUCUUAACUCAGAGCAAAGGGAGGCAGUUCGAAACAUUGUGAAUGCCACAAGUUAUCCUUUGCCGUAUGUUUUAUUUGGUCCGCCUGGCACAGGCAAGACACGAACAUUGGUGGCGGCCAUUCAACAGAUAGUCCAAUCUACCGACAAAAAUGUACUCAUUUGCGCUCAAUCGAAUGCAGCAUGUGAUGAAAUCGCAGAACGAUUACUGCCCGUAUUAAACGAACAAGAAAUGUUCCGUUUGUACGCACGAUCAUUUGGCGUUCACAAGCUGAAAACAGAAAUCGUACCAUACUCCAAUUGGAUUGGAUCCAAUGAUACGGAUUUUUGCUAUCCACCAUUGGAAUUUAUAAAAAAGUUUCGCGUCGUUGUGUGUACAUUGUGUACAGCAGGUCUUUUAACCAGAGCAGCCAUGCCAACGGAUCAUUUUAACUAUGUGAUUAUCGAUGAGUGCGCCAGCGCACAUGAGACAAUGUCAUUAAUUCCUAUAAUUGGCCUAUGUACUCGACCCGGUAAGGUGCUUGCAAACAUAGUGGUUGCUGGGGAUCCGAAUCAGUUGGAUGCGGCUACGAAGUCUAACGAAGCGAUUAAAUUAGGAUAUCGAACAUCUUUCUUGGAACAUUUAUUCAAACGUCAGCUAUAUCAAUAUGACUCAAUAACAAAACAAUUCUCCGGCAAAUAUAUUACGCAACUAGUGAGGAAUUAUCGCUCACACCAUUCCAUUUUAAAAGUUCCAAACGAACUGUUUUAUAAAUCAACUUUAUUGGCAAAAGCGUCAGAAGAUGCGACCGGAUGGUUUAUUAACAACACAAUUUUACCUUCGAAAAAUUUUCCCAUCAUUUUUCGAUCUGUGCAAGGUAUUCCAAAAAUAUCCGACGUCAACAAAAGCAUGUUCAACUUAAAAGAAGUUGAUAUAGUUAUGGAUUAUGUGAAAAAAUUGCUAAAAAUGAAACUUAACAAUGGAAGAUGCAUUAAACAAGAUGAUAUUGGUAUUGUGACACCAUACAAGAUGCAACGUCGUCGCAUUUCACAUGAAUGCGAUGUGCUUCAUUUGGACGAGAUUACAAUCGGAACCGCUGAGGUUUUUCAAGGUCAAGAAAGACCGAUAAUGAUUGUGUCGACAGUUCGGUCGGGUGGAAAUAAGCUCGGCUUUGUGAACAACAAACGGCGGUUCAACGUGAUGAUUACCAGAGCAAAAUGUCUUCUAAUUGUAGUCGGCGAUCCACAUUUAUUACGUUAUGACGCGAACUGGAAGAAAUUCAUUAAUUUUGUUCUAGAGAAUGAUGGCUUGAUUCAGAGCAGUUAUCGAUAUCCCCAAUAGGCUACCAAACUAAUAUCAAUCAGCCAUAACACCACUCAAAAACAAUCGUGUAUUUAGAGUUAAUAUAUAUUCAUUUCGAUAUGCUUUUUCAUAAACAAAAAAAAACUAAAAUAAGUAACGUAAAAUCGAAACAAAAAGAAGAUACUUAUGUAUAUAAUAUUUAUAUGCAUCAAUAAAAGAAACCGUUUAUCUGUAAA